AUGAUUUAUUGGAUAUUAAUACUAUUAUUUAUAAUAAUUAAUAAUAUUAUAAUAUAUGCUUCUGUACCUAUAAUUACAUUACAUGAUGGACAUAUUACAUUAAAUGAUUAUCUUUUAAAAAAAGAAUAUCAAGGUACCAUUACUCCUGGAAAGCCAUAUACAAUUGAUAUAUAUUUGUCGCAAAGUCAACAUUAUGAUUAUGUUAUAGAAUCUUGUGUAUAUAAUAAUAAGACUACAUUUAUAUCAAAUAAUGGUUGUAUAAAUGCUGACAAAAUAUUUAUUGAUAAAUGGGAAACAACUGAUUAUGGAUUUCCAAAUAGUUUAAAACGAACAUUAAUUCAUUUUAUAUCUCCAGAAUCAUCAUUAUAUGUUCAUUGUUUAUUAAGAUUAAUUGAGUGUUGUUCAUGUGCUGAAAAAUCAUGUGAAAAUUCAUCAGGAUAUAAUUAUUAUCCCUAUACACCAUAUCAAUUAAUAAUGUCUAUACCACCAACAAUUUCUCCACCAACUGCGGAAACACCACCACUUUUACCUAGUUUUACUGGUCCAGCAUUUUCAAAUAUAAUUCCUCAACAACUUCCUAUUGAAAAAAAUAAUACAACAACUUUAUGGGACCAAUGGUGGUUUUGGUUGCUAUUAGUUUUAGCAUUUCUCCUCCUUUUUUGUUUACCAUGCCUUCUUGCAUUAUUUUUAUUAUAUCGAAAAAAGAAAAUUAAAGAAAGAAAAGAUAAAGUUUUUGUGAAAGAUAAAAAUGGAUAUAUUGAUACUGAUAAUAAAAAUGUUGUGAAUGACCAAGUUACACAAACAUUAAAAGAUAAUAAUAAUGAAAAUAAAAAAAAUUUAAAAACAUUCCACACGUCUGGUCAUCAACAUAUUCAUGGUCCAACAAAUUUAGAUAUUUAUAGAUUAGAACGAGAUUCAUUAUUUUCUCAUUCUAGUGAUUCAUUUAUAAAUGAUGAAUUUGAAACUACAAUGAGUCAUACAAAAUCAGCCAAAAUUAUAUCUAAUCCACAUUCAACUUUACCAUUUCAUCGUAUUCCCGUUGAUAUACCAGAAAACAUAAUACAUGAAGUUAAAGAUCAUACAAAAACAACUGAAUCUAAAAAAAUGAAUAAACUAUUAUAUAAAGAACCUCAUAAUUUUAAUGAACAUACAUUAAAGAAAAGUACAUACAUUACUUCACCAUUAUCACAACGACAACAUCAAGAAAUGUUUAGGCAGUCUCAUGGUUCUAAUGGUGUUACUUUAACUCAUGAAUCAGUUUUUAUUUAA